GCAUAUAUAUAAUUAUAAACCCACCAAGUGUCUGUGACUAUAUCUAUAUAUAAUUUCUCACUCCUGCGAUUCAAAUUCAGCACCAAUUCAUGGAGAAGAACCCUCUUCUUUUCUCUGCAAAGCUCCUCAAACUCGCCUUCUUCACAGUGGUGGUGGUGAGCUUCCGUGGCCUCAGCCAUGGCCACCCACUUGACCAAGCUGGAGCUCUGAAGGCUUUAUGGAAGGCUAAAAGAGGAAAUAAUGCUGUGGACGACGAGUGGGUGGUGCCAAGCUUGAGCGUCGACCGUCACCGGACGUCUGCCGGCGGCGGAAAGAAGAAGGAUGAUCUCAUCGCAGGUGGGCUGCCUGGUCAGCCAGCAUCAUUUGCAAGCUCCAACAGGUUCAAGCAAUAUGCAGGUUAUGUAUCUGUGGAUGAAGUCAACGGCAGAAGCCUCUUCUACUAUUUCGCUGAGGCUGUUCAUCUUCCUUCUUCUAAGCCUCUUGUUCUCUGGCUAAAUGGAGGGCCAGGCUGUUCAUCACUAGGGGCGGGUGCCAUGCUAGAGCUGGGACCUUUUGGUGUAAAUUCAAAUGGUAAAACGCUUUAUCCAAGGCGCCAUUCUUGGAACAAAGUUGCAAAUAUGUUGUUUUUGGAGUCCCCAGCUGGGGUUGGAUUUUCUUACUCCAACACCACCUCGGAUUACCAGAAAUCUGGAGAUAAAAGAACAGCUGAAGAUGCAUACACUUUCCUGACCAAUUGGUUCAAAAGAUACCCAGAAUACAAGUCUCGAGACUUCUACAUAGCAGGAGAAAGCUAUGCAGGAUUUUACAUUCCAGAGCUUGCAGACACCAUUGUAAAGAGAAACAAAGAGGCAGACCCCUCCUUGGUGAUCAAACUCAAAGGAAUAAUGAUAGGAAAUGGGAUAAUGAACUUUGAAACUGAUGAUAGAGGGAUGUUUGAUUACCUUUGGACCCACGCAUUGAUUUCGGACGAGACUCAUCGCGGACUUAUAGAACACUGUAUGAAAUUCAAUGGCCAAAAAUGCGUUGAUGUUGCGGAAAGGGCUGCGAAAGAGGUUGGAGAUAUUGAUGCAUACAAUAUCUAUGCCCCAUUGUGUUUUAAUGCGUCAAUGUCAUCAAGAAACCCGAGAGGCUCUGGAGGUUACGAUCCAUGUGAAAUCAAUUAUGUUCACAGUUAUCUCAAUCUUCCUCAAGUUCAGAAAGCUUUGCAUGCCAACAGAACCAAUCUGCCCUAUCCAUGGCAGCUUUGCAGUGCCAUCAUAGGUUGGAACGACAGCCCGUCAACUAUGUUCCCCAUAUACAGAAGGCUGAUCGAUUCUGGUCUUCGAAUACUUCUUUACAGUGGCGAUGUGGAUGCAGUGGUUCCAGUGUCUGGCACUCGAUACUCCAUCGAUGCCUUAAAUCUUACAGUGGUUAAGCCUUGGUCUCCUUGGACAGAUGCUGGCGGAGAAGUGGGAGGAUAUCAAGUGGCUUACAAUGGACUGAAUUUCGCAACAGUUCGAGGUGCUGGCCAUCAAGUUCCAAGGUUUCAGCCGAGCAGAGCCUUGUCCCUUUUUAAGAUGUUUUUAGCAGAUCCAACAGUGCCAAGUUUGAGCGCCGACCAUCACCGGCCGUCUUCCAAUUCCAACUGUGGAAAGAAGGAGAAUGAUCUCAUCAGAGGUGGGCUGCCUGGCCAGCCGCCAUUGGCAGGCUCCAACAUGUUCAAGCAAUAUGCAGGCUACGUGACCGUGGAUGAAGCCAAUGGCAGAAGCCUCUUCUACUAUUUUGCUGAGGUAGUUCAAUGUCCUUCUUCUAAGCCUCUUGUUCUCUGGCUAAAUGGAGAAAUUGCAAGACGUUCAAGACUUCCUGAAGGUGCCACAGAUGGAUCUGAAGAGUCGUCAGAUGAGUUUACCAAGCUUGCUUUAUUAUUAAGAGGAACAGAUCAAGCCCUGGGUGAUACUAGUGAGGCUAUGAUUCUUUUAAACUCAUUGCCUGAAGAAUAUAAUGUAGUCAAGCAUGCUCUUCAAUAUACUGGAAUUGUACCUAGUUUAGACUUAGUCAUAUCUGAAAUUAAAGCUAGGGAACUUGAAUUAAAUGCAUUUAAGAAGCCUUCUAAUAACUUGUUUGUGAAAGGCAAAUUUGAAAAGAAAAACAACCCAGGUAAUGGAGAUCAAUCUAGGGGUUUGGGGAAUAAGGGUAAAAAUAAAGAAAAGAAGGGCAAACAAAAACCUAAGUGGAAGUGCUAUCAUUGUGGGAAAGAGGGACAUAUUAAAAAUAUUGUUAUGAUCUUUUACGAAAACAGAAACAAGGAGGUAAUGCAACCAUUUAUAGCUGCUAGUAAUUCUAACACUUUAGCUGAAGUUCUGACUGUGUCUGAUGAAACUGUAACUAAUGAGUGGAUUAUGGACUCUGGGUGUUCUUUCCAUAUGUGUCCUAAUAUUGCAUGGUUUCAAAACUUUAGUGACAAAGACUCUAGCACUGUUUAUAUGGGCAAUAAUCAAUCAUGUAGUAUAAAAGGAAUAUGUGACAUAACCCUUAAAAUACAUGAUAACAAAGUCAGAGUGCUCACUAAGGUCAGAUAUGUGCCUGGUCUAAAACGAAAUUUAUUUUCACUUGGUACUCUGAAUGAAUUAGGCUAUUCUUAUAUUGCUGAAAAUGGUUUCAUGCAUGUGUUUAAAAAUAAUGACCUAAUCCUAACUGGUACCAAAAGGCAUGGCUUAUAUGUGUUAGAUGGUUGUUCUCUUUACCCUGUUCAUUCUGCAUGUAUUGUUAAAACUGAUAAGACAGAUCUCUGGCAUUUGAGACUUGGUCACAUGAGCCAGAAAGGUCUGCAGGCACUGUUUUCUCAAGGUUAUCUUGAUUCAGUGACUGCAGAGUCCCUAAACUUUUGUGAGCCUUGUACUCUUGGCAAGCAACACAAGCUGAGUUUCCAUAGAGGAACUCACCUGGCGAAGUAUGAUCUUGAAUUAGAACAGCUUGAUGUUAAAACUGCUUUCUUACAUGGAGAUUUAGAAAAACUUAUCUAUAUGGAACAACCUGUUGGUUAUGUUAACAAAGAAUAUCCUGAUCAUGUUUGUGAUCGAGAUUCAAGGAAGUCCACUAUAGCUUAUUACUUUACCCUAAGUGGUAAUUGUAUAAGCUGGAAGUCUCAGUUACAGCCCCUGGUGGCUCUGUCCUUUACUGGGGCUGAGUAUGUUGCUAUAACUGACGCUUUUAAGGAAGUCAUUUGGCUUCAAGAAUUUCUCACUCCUGCGAUUCAAAUUCAGCACCAAUUCAUGGAGAAGAAGCCUCAUCUCUUAUCUGCAAAGCUCCUCAGACUCGCCUUCUUCACAGUGGUGGUGGUGAGCUUCCGUGGCCUCAGCCAUGGCCACCCACUUGACCAAGCUGGAGCUCUGAAGGCUUUAUGGAAGGCUAAAAGAGGAAAUAAUGCUGUCGACGACGAGUGGGUGGCACCAAGCUUGAGCGCCGACCGUCACCGGACGUCUGCCGGCGGCGGAAAGAAGGAGGAUGAUCUCAUCGCAGGUGGGCUGCCUGGUCAGCCAGCAUCAUUUGCAAGCUCCAACAGGUUCAAGCAAUAUGCAGGUUAUGUAUCUGUGGAUGAAGUCAACGGCAGAAGCCUCUUCUACUAUUUCGCUGAGGCUGUUCAUCUUCCUUCUUCUAAGCCUCUUGUUCUCUGGCUAAAUGGAGGGCCAGGCUGUUCAUCACUAGGGGCAGGAGCCAUGCUAGAGCUGGGACCUUUUGGUGUAAAUUCAAAUGGUAAAACGCUUUAUCCAAGGCGCCAUUCUUGGAACAGAGUUGCAAAUAUGUUGUUUUUGGAGUCCCCAGCUGGGGUUGGAUUUUCUUACUCCAACACCACCUCGGAUUAUAAGAAAUCUGGAGAUAAAAGAACAGCUGAAGAUGCAUACACUUUCCUGAUCAAUUGGUUCAAAAGAUACCCAGAAUACAAGUCUCGAGACUUCUACAUAGCAGGAGAAAGCUAUGCAGGACAUUACAUUCCAGAGCUUGCAGACACCAUUGUGAAGAGAAACAAAGAGGCAGACCCCUCCUUGCUGAUCAAACUCAAAGGAAUAAUGAUAGGAAAUGGGAUAAUGAACUCUGAAACUGAUGAGAGAGGGGUGUUUGAUUACCUUUGGACCCACGCAUUGAUUUCGGACGAGACUCACCGCGGACUUAUAGAACACUGUAUGAAAUUCAAUGGCCAAAAAUGCGUUGAUGUUCUGGAAAGGGCUGGGAAAGAGGUUGGAGAUAUUGAUGUAUACAAUAUCUAUGCCCCAUUGUGUUCGAAUGCGUCAAUGUCAUCAAGAAACCCGAGAGGCUCCGGAGGUUAUGAUCCAUGUGAAAUCAAUUAUGUUCACAGUUAUCUCAAUCUUCCUCAAGUUCAGAAAGCUUUGCAUGCCAACAGAACCAAUCUGCCCUAUCCAUGGCAGCUUUGCAGUGCCAUCAUAGGUUGGAACGAUAGCCCGUCAACUAUGUUCCCCAUAUACAGAAGGCUGAUCGCUUCUGGUCUUCGAAUACUUCUUUACAGUGGCGAUGUGGAUGCAAUGGUUCCAGUGUCUAGCACUCGAUACUCCAUCGACGCCUUAAAUCUUACAGUGGUUAAGCCUUGGUCUCCUUGGACAGAUGCUGGCGGAGAAGUGGGAGGAUAUCAAGUGGCUUACAAUGGACUGAAUUUCGCUACAGUUCGAGGUGCUGGCCAUCUAGUUCCAACGUUUCAGCCGAGCAGAGCCUUGUCCCUAUUUAAGAUGUUUUUAGCAGCACAUUAGUGCUUUCAAGCUCCACUGAGAGCUUGAUUACUACUACUGUUAUGCUGAAAAGAUGAGAGAAAUUAUUCAAUCAGUUAAAAUAAGGGAUUCAAUUUUUGUUGAUUGUGA